ACAAAUCAAUCUGUACGACAAUCGAAUUUCUCGCCUGGUUCAGUGGCGUUUUGGUAAUUAGAGGGGAACACCAUGGGCCUGCUCGACAAGCUUUGGGACGACACCCUCGCUGGGCCUCGACCGGAGAUUGGCCUCGGCCGCCUGCGGAAGCACGCAUCCUUUUCCCUCCAAAUCAAUUCUGGGAAAGACGAGAUCGUGGGCGGAGGAAUUUCUAGGACGUUUAGCGAUGACUUGCAGGAAGAGGAGCCGCGGGUGACAAGAAGUAUUAUGAUCAAGAGGCCGGCGGGAUGCCCUUCGCCGGUGGGCGGGACACCGCCGGCGUCACCGGCCGAUUCGACUCCUCCUCUGUCUCCCUUUCGAGAUAGUUUUCUUUUAUCUAUCUGGAGAACAACUUUUUAUGGCCCCUUCGGUACAAAAAGCAUGUAAGAAAAGUAGGAUUUAAUGAAACUUGUAAAUCUUGUUUGACCAAAUUUUAAGAUGAUUAUAUCCAGAGAAUUUUUUUAUUGUUAAUACUUUUAAUUCAAAAUAAAUUAUAAAAAUUAUUUGAAGCAUGUAAGACGAUUUAUUACCUGUUUACUUUAACAUAUUAAUAUCUCAAGUACAGCUUUUGAAUGCUCACAAAAUCUUUAAAUUAUUUUUAAGAAGCCUCAUAAUUCCAUUUGGCAAGGUUUAACCCUAAAACCUGCACAAUUGAAGCCUAAAAAUAUGAUCCUGCGGAUAAAUUAAAGCGAAACAUACUAUCUGGUUUCUAAAUUUUAGGUUUUUUAUGAUUUGAUAAGCUUUCAUUGUACAAAAAAUCAAUGCUACAGCUCUAGUGUCCACAGAUCUUUUCAUGAAAACUUCUC